AUGGCUCUGCUGUACCGCGCCACGCGGCUCAAGGACCGCGCAGACACGCACGUGUUCACGUUCGUGGUCACGCGCUCCGCCACGCGCGAGCCCGACCGCGACGUCACCUCCAAGGACUUCUGCUGCGCGCACCAGCGAUGGGCCGUCGCGUUCAGCCGCACCGACACCUCGCUCGGUGUAUAUUUAGUAUGGCGAGGCGCGUGCGAGGGCAUGCGCGUGUACGUCGACUUCACCUUCACGUUGCUGAGCCGCGACCACUUCACCGCCAAUGAGGGCUUCUCCGGCAAGCAGGUCCGGUUCAGCUCCGGCUGCGCCGCGCAGGGCCGCGGCCGCUGCGUGUCGCUCACCGAGCUCAACGCCAAGUUCGCGGACGCGCGCGGCGAGUUCCAGCUCGAGCUCAGCAUGUCGCGCGUGCGCACGCUCUACUCCUGCGAGCUGCGCGCGCCGCGCCUCGACACUCCACCUUUCGCAUUCGCCGGAUUCGAUUGGUCCGUUUCUGCGACCGCCGGCAACAAAGAACCACUAUCGCUGAGGCUGAUGCGACUUUCCGGGGAGGGCCAGCGAUGCCGAGUGAGAUACGCUCUCGCUCUCGGCGAGGGAGAACGGCGGCUCCACUCCGGCCCACUCGAGUGCGUUUGCGACGCCGAGGGGCGCACGCCACCAUGGAACCCGCGGCCGCCGAAUCGUCUUCUCAACAAAGGAGUCCGCCUCACAGUGGAGCUGCUAUGGGCGCGGGCUCUCGCCGAGCUGGCCGUGCCCACGGCCGGGCGGGCGGCGACGUGCUACGACCGCGACAAGCAGGCAUGGUCGGUGCGCGUGGACAUGCACUCGGAGACGGUGCGGCUUCACAUGCUGUACCGCGAUGUGCACCACGUGCCGCGCAACCACCUGCGCUACGUGAGCUGGUCGGCGUGGCUGGUGCGCGCCGCGCCCGCGCCCGGCGAGCCCGACGCCGAGGAGCUGCCCGGCGCUCCCUUCGAGCACUACUAUGCGCAGGAGAGCGCCGACGAGGGCCUCAUGAUGGAGACCUCGCUCCGCGUCGAGGACGUUUCUCGAGCCGGGUGCCCUUUUCUGCACUCGGGCAGUGAACUUCGUGUACGCCUCGAAUGGGGCGACACUUACUUGCUCUUCCAGGCUACUUAUCAUGUAUACGACGAUCUGUGUCGUCUGCAUGGACAUCAAAUGAGACGCGAGAUCGCCGCGUUGCAGGCUGAGAACUACUCGCUGGAGCGGCAGCUGUUCAGCUACCAGAAGAGCCUGGCGUACGCGCAGGCGCAGGCCGGCGAGCCGGCGGCGGCGGAGGCGGCGGGCCGGCGCUCGCCCGCCGAGCGCUCGCUGUCCACCGACACGGAGUACGCGUGA